AUGUUCUUUCCGUCGAGUUCACUCAAAUUUAGUCUCUUGCCGGUCGCAUUCAGCUUUGCCCUAGAUGUCCAGUGUCCUAACACCGACUCCUCCCCCGCCCAGCCCAAAAUCGCCUUCUUAGUCAAACACCGGCCUACUCAUGAUCCUCAUAAGGUUGUUCUCCUCCUCGAAGUCUUCCGACUCGGCUCUAAAGUCACAAUAUCCCUCUCAAUCCGCCUAACAUCGGCCACUCUCUUCCUCCAGUCCUCCUCUUUGUGUUCCUUCCUCCGCGUUCCGUCCAGCGAAUUCAUCGUCAACAUGGACAGUCCUUCGUCAAAGUCGGCAAGCCUCAUCGGUGGGGAGAUGUCAAAGGCCGGGUGGGACCGAUUGAGGGCGACAAGGGCGUGCUGGACCGCCGUCUGCCUCUUCUUCUCCACCGUCAUCUGCCUCUUCUUCUCCGCCGUCAUCUGCCUCUUCUUCUCCGCCGUCAUCUGCCUCUUCUUCUCCGCCGUCAUCUGCCUCUUCUCCUCCACCGUCAUCUGCCUCUUCUUCUCUGGCGCCGUCUGUCUCCCCUUCUUGAGCGAUGUUGGCCUCUCCUUCGCUGGCCUCCCCUUCGCUGGUGACCCGGCGACUGUUGUAUGCAAGACGGAGGUUGCUUUGAAUCGAGUCGGUCGGUCGGAUGAGGGUCGCCAUUGCAGGGAGGUGUUCGGUGAGGCGUACGGUGAUGUGAGCGAGACUGCCACCAAAACCUCGACUGAUCCGAUGGAAAUGACUGCUUUCACAUCCGUUUUGACCGCCGAUUACCAGCAGCACCUAAAGCGACUUCAAGGCAUUCGUGAACUUCUCACAGCAAAGAGAGGCCUCUCCGCCGCCGAACCCGGACGACGACUUGCUUCCGAGAAUCAAUCUGGAGACAAGACGGAGGAGGAAAGACACGAGGGCAAGUCUCUGGUGAAGGCCGAACGAGACGUGGCGCCUUUGAUACUACGGACGACUUCACUUUCAGCCGGAAACCGAAUCCCCAAACCACCGACUCAGGACGACUUCGCUUUCAGCCGGAAACCUGCUGCUGAUCAGGUUAGGAUCCUGGAUGGGAGGUGGAACAUUGUCAAGCCGAGCACUUUGGCGACGAUCUCAGAGGACGACGAUGACAAGUAG